AUGGAGGUCAUCCCAGUAGUGGUGGGGAUCGCCACAGAGGUAGCGGGGGCUGCCCCCGGAGUGCAAGUAGAAGGUGGGGCGACUGGCCCUGAGCUAAGGAGGGGAGAACAGCCCCAGGGGGGUCCUGCACCCCAAGGAGGGGGAGUCAGUCUGACUACUGUGAUCUACCACGCUCGUGCAGUGGCUGGGCGGCUGGAGGGAGAAGAAGGCCCAACUAGGGCAGGGGCAGACCGCCUUGUGGGGAUUAUAGAAGAGGAGCUUCUACUGAGAAAGGCGGGGGCUGCAAAACUCAAGACAAAUGAGGCCAGGGCUCAACUUGCAAAGUUGAAGAAGGAGAGUGCAAGUUGGGAGAGUGCCUACGCUGAUCUGCAAACGGUCAAGGUGGAGCUGGAGAACACAUGCCGCCAGAAGGAGCUGAAGGGCGAGCGUGCUAAGGCAGUAGAGGAGAAGGAGAGCCUUCAGAAGGAGUUGGAAGCAGAGAGAGCCAAGGCGGGUGCUGAAAAAGAGAGCUUUCAAAAGGAGUUGGAGGCAGAGAAAGCCAAGGCAACUGCUGAAAAGGAGAGCCUUCAGAAGGAGUUGGAGGCAGAGAAAGCCAAGGCAACUGUUGAAAGGGCGACCCUGGAUAAGGAGUUGGCGGAGGAGAGGGCUAAGACAGCCUCUGAAAGGGUGGCUUACCCCGAUCUGUAUGUGGCAGCAGUGGACCAGUUCAAGGGGUCUGCUGAAUUUUAG